AUGAUCGUAAGGCGAUCGAUGGUCCUAGCCCUGGUCCUUGGACUGUUGUCGGUGAACCAAAAUGCCGGCCAGGACAGCCAAGGCAAGGAUACAGACCAGGGACCCGAUUAUUUCACGCGGGGACUAACGCCGCAACGGGUGAUGCGACUGGUACCGCGACGAUCGCCGAUGUUGCCGCAGGACAGCGCCACGAUGGGCUUGGCGAUGCAAAGCAGAGCGGUGGACACGAGGGUACAGCUGGAGGUCAGGGAGGGCGAGCCGAAGGGCACUUUGGUCGGUGUGAUACCGGUGAAACCGGGAUUCACGUAUAGAUUCAACGAACCGCCGCAGGAGUUCGUUUUGGACCCGGAAACAGGAAAGAUCCGCACAGCGAAGAUACUGGACCGUGAGGCGUUGAGCAGCGACAGGUUCGAUCUGGUCGUGUUGUCCAGCCAGCCGACCUACCCGAUCGAGGUGAGGAUUCUCGUGUUGGAUAUCAACGACAACGACCCGGAGUUCCCGGAGUCGAGCAUCGCGGUCAGCUUCUCCGAAUCGGCGGUGGUCGGCACGAAGCUAUUGCUGGACGCGGCCACGGAUCGAGACACACCCGAGAACGGUGUGGCUGACGACUACUUCAUCGUGGACGGGAAUACCGAUGGGAAGUUCCGUCUAGAGGUCACCGGCAAUCCCACGGGUGAGACGUCUUAUCUACACCUGGAGACUACUGGUAAAUUGGAUCGGGAACAGGUCGAGUACUAUUCGUUGAAUGUUUGCGCGAGGGACAGAGGCAGACCUCCCAGGCUAGGAUAUCUAUUGGUGAACGUCACCGUGCUGGACGUGAACGACAAUCCCCCGAUAUUCCAGCAAAGCGAUUACGUGAUCGCCCUGAACGAAAGCGCCCCAGUAGGCACCAAAGUGUUAACGGUCCACGCUACCGAUCGCGACUCCGAGGACAAUUCCAAGCUGACGUACUAUCUUCCAGACACGGAACGUCAGUUCACCGUGGACCCAGAGACCGGCACGAUCACCACCGUCGAGCCGUUGGAUUGCCCGCAGCAGAGCUGCACGAUCGCCGCACGUCCCGGCGGCGGUUGCCCGAAGAGCUGCGUGAUAACGGUGUUCGCCCGCGAUCACGGAUCCCCGCGGCAGGACGGUCGUACCUACGUAACGGUGAAUCUAUUGGACGCGAACGAUCACGAUCCGGAGAUCGAGUUCAGUUAUUUCCCGUCGACGCCCGGUUACGCGACCGUCGACGAGAACGCAGCAAGGGACUCGAUCGUCGCGGCGGUCGCGGUGAUCGACAACGACGAGGGCUUAAACGGCGAGACCACCGUCGAGAUACGAGCUGGAAAUGAACUGGGACAUUUCCGUUUGGACAACACGCAGAGCUUCGAUAUCGUUCGGGUGAACGGACGUCUGGACCGUGAGGAGAUACCGAAAUACAAUUUAACGGUGGUCGCGACCGAUAAAGGUACGCCGCCGCGAUCCGCGACCGCCUAUCUGGUGAUCCACGUGAACGAUGUGAACGACCACGAACCGGUCUUCCAGCAGAGCGAAUACUCCGCGGUGCUGUCGGAACUUUCGCCCACCGGCAGCUUCGUAGCGAGUAUCUCGGCGACGGACGCGGAUUCCGGUCUGAACGCAAGGAUUUAUUACGAUUUCGAUUCGGGAAACGAGCAAGGCUGGUUCGCGAUCGAUCAGGACACCGGUUUGGUCACCACAGUGGCCACGCUGGAUCGUGAAGUACAGGGCAGCAUAGAGCUGCACGUGUCCGCCAGGGACGGUGGACCGAAUCCGAAGUACGCGUCCACGCAUCUAAAGGUGACGAUUCUGGACGAGAACGACGAAGCGCCGAGAUUCUCGCAGAGCGUGGUGGAGGUCACAUUGUCGGAGAACACACCACCGCAGAGUCUGGUGGCCACGUUGACUGCGGUAGAUAACGAUCAGGGGACGAACGGCAGUGUUGCGUACAGUUUCCAUUCGAGUGUCUCCAGGGACUAUCCGAAAACGUUCGCCCUAGACGGACUCACCGGCCAGUUGACCACAAAAAUCGUCCUGGAUCGCGAAACCACCGCCGAGUACAGGAUUCUGGUGAUCGCGAGGGAUCAAGGUACACCGCCGCAAUCGUCCACCGCGACGGUGGUAUUGACGUUGGAGGAUGUGAACGACAAUUCACCGGUUUUUUAUCCGUGGAGGUACUUGUUGCCCGUACCGGAGGACGCCCCGCCGGGCACCUCGGUGGGCAAGGUGACGGCGACCGAUGCCGAUGCCAGAGAGAACGCCCAGGUGAGAUACUCCCUGGAAUCCGGUGGCGAGGGACUUUUUGCGGUCGACGAACGUACCGGGGAGAUCGGUCUACAGGGUUCCCUUAGGGCUGCUCACAAGACCCUGUACGAGCUGAAGAUCUUCGCUAAGGACACGGGGGAGAAAACAGCCACUAGGAACGCUCUGGUAGAGGUUAUUCGGGAGGAGGAUCUGGAACUGUUGGAAUUCGACACCUACAACGGCUACGAGUUUCGUAUACCCGAGGACAGAGGCGAGUGUGGUUCUAUGCCCAGUGUCUAUGGUAGAGAGCUAGGCACCGUCCAGGUGACACAAUACGGGGCCACGAAAGUCUCCUACGCGAUCGUGUACGGUGAUCCAAAGGGUAACUUCAAGAUCGACGAGACCACCGGCACGAUCAGCACGUCGGGCUGUUUGGAUCGAGAACAAGUCGCCUACUACAGUCUCCAGUUGUCGGCGAGAGCUGGCUUAGCUUACGGGCAAACAUCCGUGAACAUCACCGUUCUGGACGUGAACGACAACCCGCCGAGAUUCCCCAAAGGCGAGAUAGGGGAUGAGGUAUAUCUGAAGGAGAACGCGGCGGUUGGCCAGGAGGUGUGUCUGGCCCGCGCUAGGGAUCGAGACGCGGGCGCUAACGCGAGGAUCAUCUAUUCCCUGACCCACAAUCCCGGCGGACAGUUCCGGGUCGCCGAGAAUUCCGGGAUCAUCUACCUGGACAAACCGAUCAGAGCCGCGCCAGGCACCGUAUUGCAUCUCGAGGUGACCGCGACCGAUUCCGGUAACCAACCGCUGUCAGCGCAGCAUCAGGUCCGGGUCACCGUCGAGGAUGUGAACGAUCACACGCCUGUCUUCAAGCUGACCAGCUACGAGACGUCUCUGCCGGAAUCCACUCCCGUCAACGAUCGAUUCUUCUCUCUAACUGCCACCGAUGUCGAUCUCGGUGCGAACGGCCGGGUUCUGUACAGCGUCACCGAUGGUAACACAGAGAGCCGUUUCGGGAUCUUUCCUGACGGGCAACUGUACGUGAAGAACGUGCUCGAUCGCGAGCAACAGGAUUAUUACGCGUUGGAGGUGACGGCUACCGAUCAGGGCAGCCCCUCCAGAAGCUCGAUGGUCCCAGUUGUGGUUCACAUCGUCGAUGAGAACGACAACGCGCCAGAGUUCACCAAUUCCAGUUUCAUCUUCCAUUUACGCGAGAACGAGCCCCCAGAUACGUUCGUAGGGAAACUAUUGGCCACCGAUCGUGACGUAGGUCGUAAUGCUGAUCUGAUGUUCUCGUUGCCCGCCAGCCAACAAGACUUCACCGUGGAUCCUAGGAACGGUUUCAUCAAGUCCCUAAGGGUGUUCGAUAGAGAGUUACUGAUGACCAAUACAGGCAGUAGUUAUAUCACUUUGGAGGCGACCGUCACCGACAACGGUGUCAAUCGUCUUCGCGAUCGAGUCAAGGUCGUCAUCUACAUCACCGACGUGAACGACAACAUACCGCAGUUCCAGAGACUGCCGUACAGGGUGCAAGUGAACGAGGGCGCAGCUAUUGGGACGCAAUUGUUGCGGGUCUAUACUACGGACGCGGAUGAAGGCCUAAACGGUGAUGUAUUUUACUCGCUGGAGGACGGGAACCAACACGAACGGUUCACCAUCGACGAGGCGACUGGACAGAUUUCAUUGACGAAGGAACUCGAUCGGGAAACCUCGGACGAGUACGUGCUGACCGUAGUGGCGCACGACGCUGGGCUAGAGACUCGUCUCUCCUCGAGCACCACCGUUCACGUGGAGGUGCUCGACGAGAACGACAAUCAACCGCUGUUCGUCGACAACGAAUCGAGGAUCUCCGUUUUGGAGACCACGCCGACGAACACGGAGCUCCUUAAAUUCAAAGCUACCGAUAACGAUCUGGGACCGAACAGCGAACUAGCGUUUGGGAUAUCAGCUGGGAACCGAAGGGACACAUUCUACAUCGAUCCCCUGACGGGCACGUUAUACUUGCGAAAACCGUUGGACUAUGAAGAGCUCGAGAGGUACACGUUGAACGUGACCUGCAGCGACGGUGGUCAUCCUAGGCUGAGCUCCGUGACCACGUUGAUCGUCGAGGUGAUCGACGCUAACGACAAUCCGCCUGUGUUCCCGAACACAGCGAUCGCCAGGCAAAUUCGGGAGGGUAUACACGUCCAUACGCCUAUUGUCACCAUCACCGCGGAGGAUCCCGAUUCGAACGAGAACGGUGUAGUAACGUAUUCGAUCGCCAGUCAGGAUCCCGAGGAUCAGAUCCGUAGAUUCGGUAUAAAUCCAUCAACAGGCGUGAUACACACAUUGUUGCCGAUCGAUCGUGAAGAAGUGGACACUUACAAGCUGGUGGUGGUUGCCACGGACAGUGCUCAACCCCCAAGCGCCAGAUUAUCCGCGGAGAAGCUGGUGAUCGUGAUCGUCGAGGACAUAAACGACAACGCGCCGAUGUUCGUCAGCAUGUCGGCGGUGGUGUUGCCGUCGAAAGGAACCAACCUUCAGAAGGAGAUCACCGUGUGCCAAUUGAUCGCCCGUGAUCUGGACUCGAGCACAAACGGUCUGGUCACGUACGAGCUUCUCAGAUCGAGCGUGAACUACUCGGACAUGUUUCGUAUACAUCGUACAACCGGCCAGCUGACCAUGAGGCUGCCCAGAUCAUUGAAGAACAAUCCUGAGAGGAUCACCAAGUACCAGGUCGGUGUUCGAGCGACUGACGAGGCGGUCCAGGCCGAGAGACGUUCCACGGAGACGUAUUUGACGGUGAUCGUGCCCGGCGAGGAGGGCGAGGAUCAACCGAUCUGGGAGCAUCGUGGACAGAUCGAGGGUAGCGUGUACGAAAAUGAGCCGAUCGGGACGAGUAUUUUAAGGGUGACCGCGCGAAGCCGUAGAUCGAGCAUCGAUCUCGAGUAUUACGUGACGAACGUGACCGCCGGUAGCGGUGGUCCCCAGGUCGACCGUUUGUUCGACGUCGACACGAAGACAGGUGUAUUGUCGACGGCCGCUGCAUUGGACAGGGAAACGGGGAUCCAGUGGUACGAGGUGGAGCUGUACGCGGUCGGUGUCGGCGGUACCAGGCCCAGUACGACGUCCACAAAAGUUCGAGUGACGGUCCUCGACAAGAAUGACGUGGCACCGACGUGGGGGACCGGCACCUGGAAAUUCAAAAUCUCCGAGGAGGCGCCCCCGAGCACCGUUGUCACGGUCCUAAAAGCGUUCGAUCCGGACACGAUCGGCACGCUGACUUACACCCUGGUGCCGAAUCAUCGUCCUGGCGGCGGCGGCGUCACGUCGUCGAGCCACGAGCCACUAAACGAUACCGAACAGGGCCAACAGCAGCAACAGUUCAGGCUUCAUCCGAGCACCGGGCAACUGACGCUCUCAGAGGCGCUCGACAGAGAAGCCAGGGAAAAGUAUGUCCUGAGAGUUCGUGCAGACGAUGGAUUGCAGCACACCGACGUCACGUUGACCGUCGAGGUGACGGAUACAAACGACAACGCACCGACGUUCCAGAGUACCGCAUACUCGUUCGACGUGCCGGAGAACAUGCCAAGGGGCAGCAGGAUCGGUCAGGUCGUCGCGACGGACGCGGACGCCGACGGACCGAACAGCCAAUUGAGCUACACACUGAUAUCGGACUGGGCCAACGACGUUUUCUCACUGAACCCGAGCACCGGCGUGUUCACGCUGACCGCGAGCCUCGAUUACGAGCAGGUGCAGCACUACAUUCUGGUGGUCCAGGCGACGGACGGCGGUGUACCGGCACUUUCCUCGACGGUGACCGUCUAUUGCAACGUGGUGGAUUUGAACGACAACGCGCCGAUAUUCGAGGCGGGACCGCACGCCACGGAUAUCGUUGAGAACACGACGAUUGGCACUGCCAUACUAACGGUGGCCGCCCAGGACCUCGACUCGGGCGAUAACGGCCGAGUAAUUUACGCUGUCGCCGGCGGUGACGAGAAUGGUGACUUUGGUGUGGCGACGAACGGCACCCUUUUCACGCGACGGCCACUCGACCGGGAACAGAAGCCGCUGUACAAUUUGGUAUUGAGCGCGACCGACAGUCCUCUGCCACCGGCCCGGCCAUUGUCCUCCACCGUGCAGGUGACCGUGGUGUUGCUGGACGUGAACGACAUGUCCCCGGAGUUCAUAUCGCCGACGAAGAUUUCGAUAAUAGAGAACGCGCCGAGCAACACGGUGGUGAUGGCCAUUAAGGCCGUGGACAGGGACGAAGGACGGAACGGUUACGUCGAGUACUCCCUGGAGGACACGAGCCUCCCCUUCACCGUGGGCACCGUCGACGGCCUGUUGCGGGUAUCUGGUUCACUGGAUCGGGAAUUAAGGUCGAACUACACGUUGGAGGUGACCGCGAAGGACCGCGGUGAACCGCCGAGAUCGUCCUCGACGACGGUCACUGUCACGGUGCUCGACGAGAACGACAACUCGCCGGUGUUCGAUCCGCGACAGUACUCGGACACCGUCGCCGAGAACGCCAGCAUCGGAGCCAGUGUUCUUCAGGUGUCCGCGAUAGAUCGGGACGAGGGGGCGAACGGCAGGGUGAGAUACAGUAUCGCGAUGGGUGACGACAAUCGUGAUUUCACCAUAUCGGAGGACGGCGGUGUCAUAAGGGUGGCGAAGAAUCUGAACUUCGAACGGAAGUCCAGGUACCAUCUGACAAUACGUGGGGAAGAUUGCGCGUCGGAGGUCGGCGAAACCGUCAGGGGUGACACCGCCCAGGUGACCAUCACCGUUCUCGAUAUAAACGACAACGCUCCUGUGUUCCUGGACUCGCCUUAUGUGGCUCAUGUCAUGGAGAACAUGGUACCACCAGGCGGAGGAUUCGUGAUACAGGUGAAAGCAUACGACGCCGACACACCGCCGUACAACGACCAAGUGAGGUACUUCUUAAAAGAAGGCGACACCGACUUGUUUCGCAUCAACGCGAGCACAGGUGACAUUUUCUUGCUUCGACCGUUGGACAGGGAGCUGGUGCCCGAGUACACCCACACUCUAGAGGCCAUGGACACCGGUUCCCCGCCGUUGACUGGAGCGGGGAUCAUUCGGAUCGUGGUGCUGGACGUUAACGAUCACAGCCCGGAGUUCACCAGGCAGGAAUACAAGGCGAUGGUCACCGAGAAUUCAGCUUCCGGUACCUGGGUGACCAAACCACACGCCACGGACAAGGACGAGGGUCUAAACGCCAAAAUUAGGUAUAGUUUACUGGGUGAAAAUUCGGAACGUUUCACCGCGGACCCGGACACUGGCGAGGUCUUUACAGUGGUACCGCUGGAUCGUGAACAAACCUCCGUCUAUCAUUUGACGUUGGUCGCUCAGGACUCCAGCCCAACGGAACCACGAGCCUCCGCCGUCAAUUUGACGAUCUUCGUAACAGAUGUGAACGACAACGCUCCACGAUUCUCUAGUCCACGAUACACCGCGUACGUGCCAGGCGCGACCAAACCAGGGGAUUUCGUGUUCGGCGCGAAAGCGGUGGACGACGACGACGGCGAGAACUCGCGGAUCGUGUAUCGUCUCCAGGGAAUGGACGCCGAGAGGUUCACGAUCGACGCGAACAGCGGCGUGAUCAGGGCGAAUCAGGCAUUGGCGAACGACGAGACCACCUAUCAGCUGCAGAUUCAAGCAUCCGAUUGCGGCGCGACACCGCAAUCGGUCACCGCCGAUCUGGUGAUACACCUGUGGGAGAGACAAUUGUUCCCCAGUUUUCAACCGAGUAUAAACACGAGAUUCACGUUGCCGGAGGACGUGCCCGAGGGACGGAUGAUCACGAAACUGAGCGCCACCACGCCGAAGAAUGGAGCGCCGAGCAAUCUGGUUUACGGGAUGGCCGGCGGUAACGUCGGGGACGCGCUCAAGAUCGAUCCUCACACCGGAGAGGUGUUGGUUGCGUCGGGAUUUGACUACGAGACCGCACCGUACUACGAGGCCUGGAUAGAAGUCCGUGACUCGGACACACCAGCGUUAAGAAGCGUCGUUCAGCUGCUGAUAAACGUAACCGACGCGAACGACAACGCGCCGAUCAUGGAAGCGUCGAUCUACAACGCGACGGUACCAGAGGACGAGUAUCCGCCGUUGUUUGUCGGCAAAGUUUUCGCGCGGGAUCGCGACUCAGGCGAGAACGGUCAGGUCUCGUAUUAUCUGGUGAACGAUUUCGCGGAGACGUUCGUCAUCGAUUCGGACACCGGGGAAAUCAGCACGAACGCGAAAUUGGAUCGCGAAGAGAUCGCGUCGUACGAGCUGGCGGUGGAGGCCAGGGACCAGGGCCAGCCCCCGUUAACGGGUACGGCCACCGUAUUGGUCACCGUUUUGGAUAAGAACGACAAUCCUCCGCAUUUCACGCGACUGUUCGGCGUGAACGUAACGGAGAACGCAGAGAUCGGUACAUUCGUUAUACGAAUUACCAGCAGCGAUCCAGACAUCGGCUCGAACGCCAAUGUGACGUACACGUUCACCGACAAUCCGGGAAUGAAGUUCUCUCUAGACGCGUUGAGCGGGAACGUGACCGUGGUCGGGCACUUGGACCGAGAGGAACAAGACGAAUACUUGUUAAAGCUGGUGGCAGCAGACGGUGCCUGGCUAUCGGCAACCGCCCUCACGAUAACCAUUCAGGAUCAAAACGACAACGCGCCGGAAUUCGACGAGGAAUCCUACCACUUCCAUUUCCCAGAACUGCAACCGCCUGUCGCCCACGUUGGCCAAGUGACAGCGAUCGACCGGGACAAACAAGGACCCAAUUCUGUCAUAUCCUACAGCCUAUUGCAACCAUCCGAUCUGUUCACCGUUGAUCCAGCGACUGGUGACGUGUUCAGCAAGAAGACAUUACGAUACAAGCACACCCACCGUCCUGCUAACAACAACGCGCCAAAGUUCGAGCAAAGAUCCUACCUAUACCCAGUGCCUGAAAACUACGGAAUUGGCAAACGUGUGAUCCAAUUGGUGGCCAAAGACGAUGCUGACUUCGGUGUGAACGCCGUGAUCAGCUAUCAUCUGGUAAACGGUACCGACUACUUCUCCAUCGACGAGAAAACCGGUUGGGUAUACGUUCGAAGAAGCUUGAGCAAUGUAGCGGUUGGAACAACGUUUUCACUUAGGGCCAGAGCGAUCGACAAAGGUGUACCGCCGCAGAAGGACGAGGUCUCGUUGACACUGGUGAUCUCUGGCGAGAACCAACACUCUCCAACAUUCGCCGCGGUUAGCUAUCAGGUUAGAGUGCCAGAAAAUGAACCAGUGAACACCACCAUAUUGACGGUGAGUGCUACCGAUAACGACGCUGGCCCGAACGGUAUGAUAAGAUACAAGAUAUCCGCUGGAAACGAGAGGAAUGAGUUCUUCGUGCAUUCGAUCACGGGGGCAGUCACGAUACUCGAACCUCUUGACUACGAUCUGAUCCAGGAGUAUAGAUUGAACAUCACCGCGACCGAUCUUGGCUUCGAGUCGAAACAGGCGGUCGCGACGCUCACAGUGAACGUGUCGGAUAUAAAUGAUAAUCCACCAACGUUCAAUCAGACCGUGUACGAGGCGUUCCUGCCCGAGAAUUCGCCGCCGGACAGCUUCGUUUACAAGGUGGUCGCGAAAGACAUCGAUUCACCGAAAUACGCGGUGGUGCAAUACAAAAUCCUGGGCGGUACCGGAAAGGACCAUUUCCGUAUACGCGAGGACACCGGCGAGAUCGCCUCUCUGAUGAGCUUCGACUACGAGGAAGCAAACGAGUACACCUUGGACAUAGUCGCGGCGAAUCCGGACUCGAAUCCGCAAAUGGUCGGGUUCACGACCGUUCAGGUCCACAUAACAGGCGUGAACGAGUACUAUCCAAAAUUCGUACAGCCUGUCUUCCAUAUGGACGUGUCCGAGAGCGCUGAGGUGGGCACGUCCGUUGGUCUGGUCCAAGCAACCGAUCAGGACGCAGGAGAGGACGGUCGAGUGUACUAUCUGUUCGUCGGUUCGUCCAACGAUCGUGGCUUCUCCAUUGGCUCCGAGACUGGGAUAAUCCGUGUUUCUAGACGUCUGGACCGCGAGACACAGAAUCGCGUGGUGUUGACCGUGAUGACGAAGAACGGUGGCGGGAUUCGGGGCAACGACACCGACGAGGCUCAGGUGAUCGUCUCGAUCCAGGACGGUAACGAUCCACCGGAGUUCCUUCAGACCGCCUACGAUGCUACCGUCUCGGAGGGUGCAAGCCACGGCACCCGUGUUCUGACCGUAAGAGCGGUGGACAAGGACAUCAGGCCGCAGAACAAUCAGUUCUCUUACUCGAUCAUCGGCGGGAACAUGGGCCAGGCGUUCAAGGUCGAUCCGCAGACCGGGGACAUCGAGACUGCGAAGCAACUGGACCGCGAAACCGUGCCAGCCUACGAUCUCACCAUAGGGGCGAUCGAUACCGGGUCACCACCCCAAACUGGCACCGCCUUGGUGCAUAUUGAACUGUUGGACAUUAACGAUAAUGGGCCUGUAUUCGAUCCCCCUGAGUUGAUCGGACACGUGAACGAGAACGAGCCAGCUGGGACGAUCGUGAUGACGCUGAGCGCCACCGAUCCCGAUCUACCGCCCAAUGGUGCCCCGUUCACGUAUAGAUUGGUCGGUGGCAGACAGAGCGACAUGGUUACAUUGGAUAAACACACUGGGGUAUUGAAGACCACUAGGAGCUUGGACAGAGAAGCGAUGCCUCAGUUGGAUCUUGUGAUCGAAGUGGAAGAUUCGGGGGUUCCGAGGAUGAGGAACGAGCACACGAUAACGGUCCUCGUGACCGAUCAGAACGACAGUCCAUCGUCGCCCAGAUCGGUCCAUGUGAUCGUUCAUUCGUUCAACGAGCAAAUACCCUUGGGAAAGAUCGCGGACGUGCAUCCAAACGAUCCGGACGUAACUGGUUCCUAUUCCUGCAAGAUACUCCAAGGAUCGAAUCCUAGGAUUCUUAGCAUUCCAACCGCCUGCGAUCUUCACACGAAGAAGAUCACACCAGGAGUCGGUUACUCCCUGAGCGUUUCCGGUAACGACGGCCGUCAUCCGAACGUGGUGUCCAAGGUCACCGUCGAGUUCCUAGUGUUCACGAAUACCACGAUCGAGAACAGUGUCACCCUGCAGAUCACCAAGCUAACCGCGAGAGACUUUCUAAGUCAGAAUUAUCGUGCCCUGUUGGACGUCCUGCAAGAGGAGAUCGACGUGGGCGACACAUUGAAGAUCUUCAGCCUCGGCGAGAACGCCUCCGAUCUGAACGUUCACAUAGCAGUGGAAUCGCCUCAAGGAUACCGUACCAAAUACGAGGUGACCGAGCUGUUGAAUCGGAAUCGCGAAAAGAUCCGAUCCCUUCUUGAUGGUACCACCUUCACCGUCGGUUAUUCGCCGUGCAAGCAUAUACCGUGCGAGAACGGUGGCGGUUGCAGCGACAAGCUGGUCAUCUACGAGGACGCUAGGAUCACCGACAGCCAGGCGUUGAUACUCACGUCACCGAGGAUGAUGCACGAGAUGACGUGCAAGUGUCGGGACGGUUUUACCGGGGACAGAUGCGAGAGGAGGCAAGAUCCAUGCUCGCCGAAUCCAUGUCUAUUGGGUGGACAGUGUCGACGGCUCGGAUACGAUUUUCAGUGCACCUGCCCGAUCGAUCGCGAGGGCAAGCUCUGCGAAUUGGAACGUGGCGAUGCAUGCGCUAGCAAUCCGUGCAGAAACGGCGGUUCCUGCCGAAAGAGCCCGGACAGUUUUAGUUUCUUCUGUCUGUGUCGGGCUGGAUACAGGGGGAACCACUGUGAGGCGGUCACCGACUCUUGCAGACCGAAUCCGUGUCUUUACGGUGGUCUGUGCGUGGGCGAGAAACCUGGAUAUAGAUGCAGUUGCCCGGAGGGUCGCUACGGACGGCAUUGCGAACGGUCCACAUUCGGAUUCGAGGAGCUCUCGUACAUGGCGUUCCCGGCGCUGGACUCGAACACGAACGACAUAACGAUCGUGUUCGCGACCACGAAACCGGACGCACUGCUGUUGUACAAUUACGCGCCGCAGACUGGUGGACGAUCGGACUUCGUGGUGUUGGAGUUGGUGAAUGGACGUGUCAUAUUCUCGUACGGCGGGGCGAGAAGCGCGAUUACGUCGAUCACAAUAAAAACGGAACAUACCGUGGCGGACGGAGAAUGGCGGAAGGUGACCGCUACCAGAAACGGACGUGUCGUUUCGCUGAGCGUCUCGAUGUGCAGGGAACACGGAGACAUAUGCGACGACUGUAGACCGGGCGACGGCACUUGUUACGCGGACGACGUUGGACCCACGGGAGCGUUGAAUCUGUCGAAUCCGUUGGCGUCGAAAGGUGUCAAGUCGACCUGCAUCAGAUCGAACAAGAAUCCCUGCCUGAGAGACCCCAAGGACACGGUCUCGGUUUGCGGCGGAAACGCCAGGUGUUUCGACAAGUGGCACCAGGUCACCUGCCAGUGCGGCACGGUCACAGCGCCGAAUUGCGAGACGGCACUCGAGCCUGUCUCACUGAGCGACGAUGGAUACGUCGAGUUCAAGGUUUCGGAGAAGCACAGAAGGAUGCAAUUGUUGGAGUACCUUUACGGUGGAUCGACCGUCUGGCAGAAGAACCGAUCGAGACGAGCAGCCGUCGCGGAGGACACGAGCUUCAUAACGAAUUCGUCCCCGUUCAAAACCAUCGGGCUGAUGUUCAGAACCGUGAAACAGGACGGGAUUCUCAUAUACGCAGCGACGAACAAACACUUCACGUCCGUGGAGCUACGAAACGGUCAACUGUUCUACGCGUCCCUUCUCGGUUCCCCGGUGAACAUGUCAGCGAACAUCGAGGGAGGUCUGGCGGACGGACGCUGGCACAAUCUGACCCUUCAUUCGUACUUCCGCGGUCUUAGGCUGUUCAUCGACGGCGUGCAGACCGGCGAGGAGCUGGACUCGGCCGGUGUGCACGACUUUCUCGAUCCCUACCUCUCCGUAUUAUCGAUCGGCGGCGUCAGCCAGGAUCUGUAUCACGCUCAGAGCGCCGGUGGGGCGAGAUGUUUCGAGGGUUGUCUGGCGAACUUCACCGUGAACAACGAAAUCCAACCUUUCAACGGCACCGGCUCGAUAUUCAAAGAGGCCACGUAUCACGGCAAGGUGAGCACCGGUUGUCGUGGACCGAUCGGUAUAAGCGCAGUGGCCACCGCCGAUCCUCUAAGCAUCGGUAUCACCCUGGUAAUCGUAUUCUUCGUGAUACUGUUGAUCGCGAUUCUGGUCAGUUUCAUCGUGUUCCGUCUGAGACGUCAGAACAAGGAGAAGAGCGCCCCGUCGGUGGUGAACAAGAAUACGAACGCUAUUAUGACCGGUAACCAGUUGGUCGGCACGGGCAACGACAAUCUUAUGUCCCGACACGAGAACACCUACAUCUCCGACACGUCCGACUUACGGGGUGUCGGACAUAUGGGCCCAGAACUGAUCUCGAAAAAGUACAAAGAGAGGGAGAUCAACGCCAGCUCGGAACAUCGACCCCAACGGCCAGAUAUAAUCGAGAGAGAAGUGACCAAGUCACCACCUAUCCGAGAUGAACAUCCACCCCUGCCACCGCCAGCCCAAACAUCUUUGCACUCGCACGAGCACAAUCCCGAACCUGACAUGCCGGAGCAUUACGAUCUUGAGAACGCCAGCUCGAUCGCACCCAGCGACAUCGAUAUCGUCUACCACUACAAGGGCUAUCGCGACGGUAUGAGGAAGUACAAAGCGACACCGCCACCGAUAGGCAACUACGCGAACCAUCACAAACACACUGGUCAGCAGCACAGGCACGCGGGCCCGUUUCCACCCCGAGCCUUACCCCCACCGAAUGUCAGCCAACCGUCUGGACCGACGCAGAAGUUGCUGCAAAGCACACCGUUGGCCAGGUUGUCGCCCAGCAGCGAGCUGUCCGCCCAACAACCGAGGAUCCUGACGUUGCACGACAUCAGCGGGAAACCGUUGCAAAGCGCCCUACUGGCUACCACCUCGUCGUCGGGAGGUGUCGGUAAAGACGCUCUGAACUCGAAUAGCGAAAGAAGCCUGAACUCGCCGAUCAUGAGCCAACUGUCCGGCUCGACGGCCAGUCGAAAGGCCCCCCAAUCGAACAAUGAGAACUCCGUGAACAAUGUCUCCUCGGGACCGAUGGGACUCACCGCUGAAGAGAUCGAGAGAUUGAAUUCGAGGCCCAGGACCUCCAGCCUAGUGUCCACUCUAGAUGCUGUCAGCUCGUCUAGCGAGGCUAGGGGACCACCGACACACGGUCCACUGCAUCUUCAUAGGCGACACACGCCACCGGUCGAAAGACUCGAGCGUCGAAACUCGUCGACCACCGACGAGAGUGGUAACGACAGUUUCACGUGCUCGGAGUACGAUAAUACAUCGUUGGUUGGUGAUAAGCGUUCGGAUAAUCCAUUCGCCAAGCAAGAUGAUGAGGAUGUGAACCAACGGGGAAACGAGUCCUCGCAGACUACGAAACCACCGUUGCCGCCGAAUGUGAACUACGAUGGUUUCGACAGCUCGUUCCGUGGAUCCCUGAGCACCUUGGUCGCGUCCGACGACGAUCUAUCCACGCACAUGGUUGGGCUCUACAGGCCGUCGAAUAAUGGUUCACCUUCGACCACCACCACUACUACUGCUCUCAGCUGGGACUAUCUGCUCAACUGGGGACUGAAUUUCGAUAGUCUGGUGGGCGUGUUCAUCGACAUCGCGGAGCUACCGGACAGCGCGAACCGUGUACCGAGCACGCUCAGACUGCCGGCGAACAUACCGAAACCGUCCGAGGAAUACGUCUGA